AUGUCCACACUUCGUCCCCACACUACAUGUCCCAUUGCAGUUCACAAUACAUGUCCCCACUUCGUCACAUUACGUCCUCGUACCGUCCCACUUCGUCACACUACGUCCCACACUACGUCCCACACCACGUCCCACUACAUGUCCCCACUUCGUCCCACACUAUACGUCCACACCAUGUUCCCACACACGUCCACACUACGUCCACAUCACGUCCCCACCAUGCCCACAUUGCAGUUCCCACAAUACAUGUCCCACACUUCACGUCAUUACACGUCCUCAGUAUACGUCCCCACCUUCGUCCCUACGUCCCACGUCCACUACGUCCACUACAUGUCCCUUCGUCCCACUAUACGUCCCCACACCACAUGUUUCCCACACUGCGUUCCACACUACGUCCCACCACGUCCCCACUACAUGUCCCACAUUGCAGUUCCCACAAUACAUGUCCCCCGUCCCCAUACACGUCCUCAGUAUACGUCACACUUACGUCCACACUACGUCCACUACGUCCCCACUACACGUCCCACACUACAUGUCCCCGCCCACAUCCACUAUCGUCACACAUGUUCCACACUACGUUCCACACUACACGUCCACACUACGUCCCCACUACGUCCCACCACGUCCACUACGUCACACUACGUCCACUACGUCCCCUACAUGUCCCCGCCGUCCCACACUUACGUCCACCACAUGUUCCACACUACGUUCCACCAUCCCACUACACGUUCCACACUACGUCCCACACUACGUCCACUACACGUCCUCAGUACACGUCCUCAGUACACGUCCCCACUACGUUCCACUACGUCCCACGUCGCUCUACACGUCCACACUACACGUCCUCACCAUACCACGCGUCCUCACUACGUCCCUCAGUACACGUCCUCACUACACGUCCACACUACACGUUCCACACUACGUCCCACUACACGUCGCUCUACGUCCCUACUACGCGUCCCUCUACACGUCCUCAGUACACGUCCUCAGACGUCCACUACGUCCACACUACGUCACUACGUCGCUCACUACGUCCCACACUACGCGUCCCUCACUACACGUCCUCAGUACGUCCUCAGUACCGUCCCACACUACGUCCACUACGUCCCACACUACACGUCGCUCACUACGUCACUACGCGUCCUCACCACGUCCUCAGUACGUCCCUCAGUACGUCCACUACGUCCCCACUACGUCCACCGUCCCACUACGUCCCCACUACACGUCCACUUCGCCCCCGCCCACUACACGCCCUACACGUCCUCAGUACACGUCCCCAGUACGUCCUCAGUACACGUCCACUACGUCCCACACUACGUCCCCUACGUCCACUACGUCCUCGCCCCUGCCCUACGUCCCACACUACGUCACACUACGUCCUACGUCCCCACUACGUCACCACGUCCCACACGUCCCCUACGUCCGCUACGUCCGCUACGUCCCACUACGUUCCACUACCGUCACUACACGUCACCUACGUCCCUACGUCCCUACGUCCCCACUACGUCCCCACUACGUCCCUACGUCCUCAAUACCGCCCCCACACCACGUCCCCACACCGUCCCUACGUCCCUACGUCCCACUACACGUCCUCGAUGCCGCACACUACGUCCCUACGUCCUACGUCCUCAGUGCCGCCCCCACACUACGUCCACUACGUCCACACUACACGUCCCUACACGUCCCACUACCCACACUACACGUCCCACUACGCGACCUCAGUACACGUCACACACGUCCCACACUACACGUCCCACACUACACGUCCCACACUACACACACAUGAACACCUCACUCUAA